AUGUCCGCUCCAGCAUCUAACGAUGUCGUUUCUUUCAAGGACCGGGCAACGGCCGAUCAGGCCAAACCCCACAACGACCUCCUUGUCAUCGAGCUAACGAUCCAGGACAUUGACAUAGUGGGAGUGUUGGUCGACACCGGAUGCUCGACCAAUAUUAUCUACAAAAGCACCCUCGAAAGAAUGGAGAUCGAUAUGUGCGCCGUUACGGAAGGACCCAGCCCGAUAUUCAGACUCUCGGGAGAUGCUACUAUGACUCUCGGCUCAAUCGACCUCGUUGUUAAAGCCGGGAGCGUCAUCAAAGUCACGGAAUUCUUAGUCAUCGACCGCCCAACAUCGUACAACGUGAUCGUCGGUACUCCAUGGCUGAAUUCCAUGCGAGCGAUCCCUUCGACAUUCCAUUUGUGCCUUAAGUUUCCAACUCCUCGUGGAGUCGAAACUAUACAAGGAGACCGCAGGAUGUCGCAAGUAUGUUUCGCCGCCGAGCUAAAAAGAAAGAACUUUGCGAUCGAAACUUCCCAUAAAAAGAAAAGAAAGCUGACUCUCGAUGAGAACACCCCGGAAAGAGACUCAAAAGUCUUCUGGCAAACCGACUUGCAUGGAAAUUUUGAUCUGCCUCGACGAAUCCUCUCCGGAACGAUGCAUCGAGAUUGGAGCCAACCUCCGCGAGCCACUAAAGACAGAGCUCAUCGCCUGUCUCAAAAAGAACCUCAAUGCGUUCGCUUGGGCCGCGGAAGAUAUGCCAGGGAUCGAUAUCGGCAUAACGUGUCAUGA